AUGGCUGAAAUAUCCAUCGAUGAGGCAUUGCUAGGCUCUGCGCCUAAAGAUAAAGUUGUUGUGUUGUGUGGUGGUGCCAGUGGUAUAGGUGCAGGUCUCGUCUCCAAGCUCUUCAGUCGGGGAGCACACGUAUAUUUCGGUGAUAUCAACGCAGUAGGUUGCAAGACCCUAGAGGAACAAUUGAAUUCUAGUGCAAACAGUUCGCGUGGCACUGUCAGCUCAUUCCCAGUCGAUGGACGCGACUAUGCUGCACAACUAGCGAUGUUUAAAUAUGCGUUCGAGCAGCAUGGUCGUGUCGAUUAUGCCAUUUUCACUGCGGGAGUGUCAGAUCAGAAAGGCUGGUUCAGCGCUGCAAAUCUUAAUCUUGAGAACGUUCAACAGGUCCCAAAAGCGACAACAGAUGUCGUCGAUGUCAAUCUCACAGCAUGUCUGUACUUUACUCGAAUCGCUCUCGCUUAUCUGAAAGAAGGCGUUGAUACAACAGCACAAGGUGCAGGGCCGUCUAGGUCGCUGAUACUAUUGUCCUCGGCAAACGGGUUCCAAGAAGCGCCAGGAUUGGUAGGGUAUUCUGCAAGCAAACACGGAAUCAUAGGAAUCGUCCGUUCCCUUCGGCCACUGGCUAUUAAGAAUUUUGGCAUUCGAAUCAACUCCAUAUGUCCUGUGGCAACGGAUACUCCUAUGAUCGCUGCAGCGAUUGACUUGCUUAAGAGUGUCAAUGCGCCAUUGAACACUGUAGCAGGCUGCGUACACAUUAUCAUGCAGACAAUGUUUGAUGUCAAGGCCAACGGGCAGGCUGUGCUUAUCAUGAGCGAUAGAGGUAUCGACACCGAGACUGGCCUCACCUUGUCAAGGCCUCAGUGGCUGGGUUUGUGGGCCUCUGAAGAGCUGGAUAGACUGCAAAAUGUGCUUGGCCAGAACACCGAUUGGGCACAAGCGCACACCAACCAGGAAUCAUAG